ACUAUAGGACAAAUAAUGCCGUCGAUCGAGAAAUGCUUUCUUUUGUGCACGCGCCUUUCACACAUUGAUAAUAGCAGGCUUCUUCUUCUUCGUGUCGGGUUCUUCACUCGCCUAAUAAAAGGCGCAAAUUUCAGACAAUCGUUCGCUAGGAAUCACAAUCAAACCGAUACGUUUCGCUGGUACUCUGGCCGGGAUCGAUCGCUCAGUUUCGAUUCAGCACUCGUGCCGCUAGCUGGUGUCAACGGUCAUCCGAUGGGCAGCAUCCGUGUGAUAAUGUUCCCGAAGCUACUUCUGAUCUGUUCGAUCCUGUCGGUGUCCCUUGUGUGUAGGGCCAACGAGCAGUGUGUUAAUUCCGAAAAUCCACAUAGAAUAACGCAAUGGGAACCAAGGUCCCCAGAGCAAACCUUGUAUGCAUACGUGCGCUGUUUGAACGACUCGACCGCAAGCAUCGCCAAGAAGAUUUCGUGGGUCCGAUGGGAGCCGGACGCAUCGGAACAAAGCCAGUGCUACAUAAAGUGCGUCUGUGAAGAACUCCGGCUGUACGAUAAGAAGCUAUACAAAUUUUACCCGGAGAGAUUCGUACGCCAGGCAGAAUAUUUCUACGGUAAGGAUGCGGAGCAAGUUGCCCCUCUGCGUGCGGAUGCGGAACCAAUGCUUUCCGGAAUUCUGAAGGAGAACACUUGCGAAGAAGUACACAGCAAGUACAUCGCUUUCUACAACCGGCACGUCAACACGAUCCUGCGAAUGUUCCACGGCGAUGAUCGUGACAUUAAGAAGACCUACAAGCGCCUAGGCGAUAAGGUCAAACAAAUCGGGCAGCCCUUCAUUGAUUUUUGCGAGAAGCUACAUGAUGCCACGUGGAGUGAUAACAUCAGCUGUCCGCCGGUCAAUCUGCUGGAUUGUGUCCUGCGAGGCUUCCGUUGGAUCAACGAGGAAAACGAAAUAGACACCACCGAGAUCGGUCGCGACUACGACGCGUCCGGCUACCCAGACAACACAGAUCUGUGCCAAAAAGCUCCACCGAGUGCUCGCGAACUGUACGCUUGCUUGCGAGCGAAGAACGCCAAAAAGCUGAACAAAGUGAUAAGGGAACGUAACCUGCGAUCGGCUUUCUACUUCAACAUUACAUCACAAGAGGAACCAUGGAAAUCGGCCAUGGAGUUCUCGAGCCAGCUCACCUGAGGUCGAUAGUUAGGUUACAAACGGGUUUGUCAGUGGUACGAUCUAGGAUAGUAGCGUAAAAAGUUAUAUUAACUUCAACUCAGUAUAUUGUUGUUUCUCUCAGAUGAGGAUUUUUUUUUGUUUUCAAUGUCAGACCUAAUUUUUACUAAAUGAAUCGAUGCUUUUGACACUGUUAAAUAAAAAUACUUUUUAAAGACA